AUGGAGACUCAUGAUUGUUACAGACUGUUCUUUAUCGUCUUAGCGGUCGUCUUAUUCUUAUAUUUAACCCCACAUACACAUGCACACCGCGAUGCAAUCGACGUGACAUUGUCUCCAGAUAUGGCUCCAAACUUGCAACCCUUGUCCUCUCCUGGCCCCGCAUCGGUUCCAAUUGCAAACUCUCCAAACUUGCAACAUGUGUCAUCACCAAGCCCUGCGUCGAUCCCAACCGCGAACUCUCCUUUGAAUUACGUCUCGUUCCCUCCGUCGGGAUCCAAUGCCCCGUCGAAUUCAAUUUUACCAAGCGAGCUUGAGGCACCAGCGCCUGCUGCGUCAACAAGCUUCAUACCGAAAAAUGUCGAUCCUAAAGUCAUGAAAAUUUGUGAUUCAACUGACCACCCUUCUCUCUGUCUUGGCACUGUCGUACCCCUCUUAGAUGACAAAACUGAUCCAUUUUCCGUGCUUGAAGUGUCAGUUAAAGCUUGCUUCGAAUUAACAAAGUUCGCAUUGUCCAUGGCGAAAAAAAUUUCCAACAUGCCCGGAGUUCCUCCUCAGGUAGCCUCCAUUAUUCGCGAUUGUAAAGACAGUUACGACGCAGCUAUGUCCAAUUUUGAGAAAGCAAUGAAUGCCUUAACUGAACGUGAUAUAGGAACUCUUAAUACCAUGCUCAGCGCCGUUAUAACAGAUGUCGGAGACUGUGAAGACGAACUCUCCAGUACGGGCACGACUUCUCCUCUAUCGGAUUAUGCCGAGAAGUUGACUAACAUGACUAGCAAUUCUCUUGCCAUUGCUUCCCUCCUUCAAGAUUGA